AUGAAUCAAUGUUGUUUCUUUGACAAUACAGUUGCAGGUGAACAACGACUGCCACCGAUGUUGGAGGGAGGAGAAUAUAAACUUCCUUUUUUAUCCAAUGGCGAAGAAAUUCGCGACACAACAAGCGAAUCUAUUGCCAGCACGUCGACAGUGAACUCAAAUUCACCAGCAGCUGCAAAUCGACUCUUAUGCAAGAUCAGGCAGAUGGACGUCCCUUUAAGUCUUGCAUACGGCAUUUUCGUACGUCUGAUGAUGACGAGAUGGAGUACAUUCAACAUUUUCCUGCCAUGGUUUCUGCUCUUUUUCAGCACUCGUUUUGUUUCGUUUGUUCGAGAUGGCACCCAUUUCCUGAAUGAUAUGAAGACCACUUUGCAAUCACAGAACCUGACGGCUGUGGAAGGUCUGAUCAAGCGAAGUCGUACGUUCCUGUUUCUUCUUAUUCCUAUCUACGUUCACUUUCUCCAAUUGUUCACAUCAUCACGUCUCAUCGUCAUGGUUGCUGCCUUCCUCGUUACGCACUCCAUAGUCAUCUUUAUGCAUGGAACAUAA